AUGGCCGGCUCCCAGCUCAAACGCCUCAAGGCGUCUCUCAAAGAGCAAGGAAUUGUCGGCCCUCAGCAAUCGAAGAAGCAGAAACGACGCAAUGCUCAGGACGAGCGCUCUCGAAAUGACAAACGACUUCAGCGCGGAGUGGUCUUGGAGGGGAUUCGCGAACAAUUCAAUCCUUUCGAUCUUAAGCAUGCCAAGGGCCCAAAAUUCGAAGUUACGAGUAACCGGCCUACGUUGACUGCUGGCAGCAUCAAAGGUCGUCCUGGCCAGGCCAAAGCAGCCAGUGAGGAGAGGCGCCGGCAAACCCUUCUGGUCGAGAUGCAACGCCGCAACAAGGUUGGUGGAAUUCUCGAUCGUCGAUUUGGUGAAAACGAUCCGACAAUGGCCCCUGAAGAUAAGAUGCUUGAGCGAUUUGCCCGAGAGAAACAGAGAAGCCACAAGAAGAACUCAAUGUUUGAUUUGGAAGACGACGAUGCUUCAGAAGGCUUGACUCACAUGGGCAAAUCUCUUUCUUUUGACGACAUGGACGAUUUCAAAGAAGACGACCUCGAAGAGGACUACGACAGUGAUGGCUCGGUGCGUGAACAGCAGAGAUUGAAGCGUAUUCGUGCAUUAGCAGCCCAGGGUAGUGAUGGCGAGGACGAUGAACCGGAACGAAAAAAGACGAAGAAGGAGGUGAUGGAGGAGGUUAUCGCCAAGUCCAAACACUACAAGUACGAGCGACAAGCUGCAAAGGAGGAGGAUGAAGAGCUCCGAGAGAAACUCGACAAGGAGUUGCAAAACAUCCAGUACAUGCUGCACCACAGCCGGCCAGGCGCCAAACCUCAGAACGAGGGAGCUUCAAAACUCACCAUCGCUGGAGUUGACCGAGACGCUUUCGAAAAGAACUUCGAUCUUCAAAUAAAGAAAUUGGCUCAGGACAAGAGGGCACAGCCUGCCGACCGCACCAAGACCGAGGAGGAGAAGGCUGAAGAAGAGUCUACAAGACUCAAGGAGCUCGAAGACAAACGCCAGAAGCGCAUGAGAGGAGAGUCAGUCAGUGACAGUGAGGAUGAAGAAGCCGAUAACAAGGGCAAGAAACCCGAGCUUGAUGCUAUGGACCUGGACGAUGAGGAGGACUAUGGCUUGGGCAGCGGUAUCCGAGCUCGUCCUACUGCUACUGAGCUUGGCUUUGACGAUGAAGAUGAUUUCGUCAUCGACGAUGAUCUCGUGGCUAGCGGCUCGGACCUGGAACUCGACAACGAGGAUGAAUCAGGCAUGGAGGAUGUGUCUGAUGAUGAGGAAGCUGAGGAUGAGGAGGAUGACUUUACCAAAGGCCUGCUUAAUGAAGAAGAGAGUCGAAAUCCUGUUUUCGAUGCCGAAUCGACCACAAAAGCCUCGGCGAUUCAGAAAGGCGACGAGCAAGGCCUCCCCUACACCUUUGAAUGCCCUCAAUCUUGUGACGAGUUGCAAGUUGUUUUGGCACCAUACCCAACCAAGACCUUCCCUACAAUUGUCCAGAGGAUUCGUGCCCUCUAUCAUCCCAAGAUCAGCAGUAUGAACAAGGAGAAGCUUGGCAACUUUGCAACUGCUUUAGUUGACUACAUCGGUCUGCCCUGGGACCCUGCCACUUCUGCCCCUUUUAUGGUGCUUGAAAGCAUUGUCCGACACAUCCACUCUCUCGCAAAGAUGUUCCCUAUCGAGAUCAGUAAGCAGUUCCGCAAGAAUCUCGAGGAGAUGGGAGAGUCUCGACCCUUAGCACUAGGAACUGGAGACUUGGUUUUGCUUUCUGCAAUUGGCACCAUCUUCCCUACCUCUGAUCACUUCCACCAAGUCGUCACUCCUGCUGUGCUGACCAUCACCCGAUACCUUGGCCAAAGAAUACCACAAAACUUGGCACAUUAUGCUAUUGGUACAUAUCUCAGCAUUCUUGCUGUAAGUUACCAGCAACUUGCUAAGCGCUACGUGCCCGAAGUUAUCAACUUCUCUCUGAAUACACUCCUGGCUCUGGCCCCUGUUUCCACUUCCAAAAAGGUAGGGAAUUUUCCUCUUCACAUCGCUCCUGAGGGCAUCCGUGCAGAAGCUGCGACUAAGUCAGAGCUACGGAGACUCAACUUCUCAGACUGCAUCGAGCAAGAAGCCAAAAAGACUCAAACGAUAGCCCGCAAGAUUGCUAUCCUCGAUACCACAGCACAAGUUAUAGAAACUGCAGCAGAUACGUGGACUGGGAAGAGUGCAUUCCUUGAGACCUUUGGACAGGCUGCGAGCGUACUCAAGCACCUCGGCAGCAAAUGUUGCAGGUCACAAUUACCUACUGCUUUCAAUGAAAGAAUCGAGAAGUUGCAAGUCAAAUUCGACCGCAUGCUUAAGGUUGCGCAACUAUCGCGCCGCAAUGUUGAGCUGCAUCAUCAUCGCCCCCUGGCAAUCAAAACCUAUGUGCCCAAGUUCGAGGAGACAUUCGAUCCUGAUAAGCACUACGACCCCGAUCGCGAGCGAGCAGAGUUGGCCAAGCUCAAGAAGGAGCACAAGAAGGAACGCAAGGGUGCUCUUCGGGAGCUGCGAAAGGACGCUAACUUCAUGGCGCGCGAGAAGUUACGGAUCAAGAAGGCAAAGGACGAGGCAUACGAGAAGAAGUACAAGCGUCUUGUUGCCGAGAUUCAAAGCGAGGAGGGUCGCGAGGCGAAUGCAUACGAGCGAGAGAAGUCUGCGAGAAAGAGGGCCAAGAACAGGUAA